AUGGGUAGUCAAGAUAAAGAGCACAAGUAUAAAUCUAAUGUAGAAUUAGAAUUUUCUGAUAAUGUUUCAGAUGACGAUAUUAAUAUAGAUAAAGAAAAUAUAUGGGACACCGAUAUAAAUAUUAUAGAUGAUGAACUUAAUAUAAUAGAUAAUGAUGAUGUGUUAAAUCAGAACAACGCAAAUAAUAAGAAUACAGAUUAUCAAAAUGAUACAACUUUUAAAGUUCAACCUAAACAAACUGAAUGGUUUGAUGAAGAAGAAAUUUUUGAUUUACCAAAUAAUUUAGAAGAUAUUACGAGUAAAAAUAAUUCCAUCGAAAAUAAUGAAAUAAAUAAAUGUGAUUAUCAAAAUGAAUUUUAUCAACAAAAUAUUUUUGAUCAACAAAAUAUUUUUGAUCAACAAAAUAUUUCUGAACAACAAGAGUAUAUUAAAAUUCAUGAGGAUAAUAAAAACUUCCAUGAAUUUUCAGACGCAGAUAUUUUAUUUAAUAAUUUACCAACUGAUCAAGCAGUUGAGCAAAAUAAUGAACAUGUGCCCAUGUGUGAUAUAUCCAAACGUUCUGAUAGUCAAGUAAAUGAUCAAUUUAAUGUAAAUAAUGAGGAGGAUAAUAAACAUCUGAAUAUAUUAUUACAAAUUAAAAACAUAUUAAACAUUAAUGAAGAUAAAGACUUAAUACAAUAUAUCGAAAAAUUAAAUAAUAUGAAUACCAACUAUAUACAAAAUGUUAGUGAUGAUGAUUAUCAUAGAGAUAAUACUUUUAAUUUAAAGGAACGUUUAUUAAAUGAAGAAAAUGAACAAAAAGUUAAUGAAUUAAAAGAACGUGAAUUAUAUUAUUUAGAUACGAUUGAGAAAUUAAAAAAUGAAAUAAAAAUUAAAGAAGAAAUCGAAGAAAAUAAUGUACAUAAAUUAGAAAACAAAAUUCACGAAUAUGAAAUACAAAAUGAAGAACUAAAAAAUGAAAAGGAAAAACUGCAAAGUACUAUUAAUGAAUAUACUCAUAAUUUUAAUAAUUUAAAUGAUCACAACAAAAUUACUAAUAAAGAAUGUGAAGAACUUAAAAAUAAUUGUGAUGUAUUUAAACAAAAAUAUGAAAAAUUAAAAGAAGAACAAGAAAUCUAUAUAAAAAAAGAGGAAGAGUACAAAUCAUUAUUAGAUGAAUUGAAAAAUGAAAAUAAUGAAUGGAAAGAAAAAAAUCAAAAAAUGCAUGAAGAAAAUAUGAAAUCAUCUGAGGAAUUAAAAAAGUUUGAAGAAAUUAGAAAAGCUGAAGAUGUGAAAAAGAUAGAAGAAUUAGAAAAUAAAAUUAAUGAUCUUUUAAAUAUUAAUGAUGAUUAUAAAGUUAAAUUAAAUCAAUCUAAUGAUGUACUUCUUCAAUUUGAAAAAAAAUUAAAUAAUACUUUAAAUGAUAGUAAAAAGAAUGAACAUAUAUAUUCUAACAAAAUACAAACAUUAGAAAACACAAUUGUAAUGUUAGAAGAAGAAAUGAAUUGUAUCAAAAAAGAGAAUCAAGAAAUAAUAAAUAAUUAUAAUGAACUAGAAAAUGAUUACAACUUAUUAUUAAAUAAAAACAAACAAUUAAAUGAAGAAUAUGGAAACUUAAAAAUAUGUAAAGAACAAAAUGAACAGAAUAUACAAAACUUAAAAUCAAAUAUCCAAAUCAACGAACAAGAGUAUUACUUAAACAAUAAAAAAUUACAGGAGCAGAAUUUAAGGUUAGAAAAUUUAAUUAUUGAAAAUAAUAAGAAUAAUAAAAUGUUAGAAUUAUUAAAAAGUGAAAAAUUAAAAAUGGAAAGUGAAAAUGAUAUAUUAAAAAAAGAUUUAGCUAAUAUGGAAGAAGACUUAAAGAAGUUAGAAAAACAUAGUUAUGAUAUUUAUGAAAUUAAAAAUCAUUUAGAAGAAGUAGUAGAUAAAAAUAAAAAAUUAAUUGAAGAUGUAGAAUUAGAAAAGAAUGAAAAAGAACAUUUGAAAAAUCAAGUCAAAGCAUAUAAUAUUGAAAUGAAUAAUUCAUAUCUUGUUUUAAAGACAUAUAAAAUGAAAUGUUCGUUUUUCUUAAAUAUUAUAAAAAAUUAUGAAGAAAAUAUAAAUAUUUUAGAAAAUAAAUUAAAAAAAUAUGAAUACAAAAAUGAUAAAAUAAAUGAUUUGACAGAUAAUUUAUACUUAUAUACUAUGCAAAAUAAUAAAGAAAGAUAUUAUGAUGAGAAAAAUCAUUCAAAUAAUAGUUACAUUAUAAAAAGUUGUGAUAGUUCUAAGGAUAAACACUUUGAUGAACAAAAGGAAGAAGAAUAUGAUGGGGAAGAAAAGUAUGCAUACAAUAUUUUAUUAAAUAAUCAAUCAGAAUGUUUAAUAAAAGCGCAACUAUUAUUAAAAGAAGAAUUAGAUAAAGAAAUACAAAAAAAAGAUGAGAUUCUAAUUAAGCUACAAAAAUUAAUUUCUACUUUAAAAGAGAAAAAUCUUAUAAUAAAUGAAAAGAAUUAUAAAAUUAAAAAAUAUCAACUUAUCAAUGAAAACUUACAAGACUGUAUUGCAGGUUAUCAAAAAGAUAUACAAAUAUUGAAAGAAAAUAUACAUAAUUUAGAGAAACAAAUAGAAUUAAAACAGAUCAAAAAUUUGGUAUUACCUCCAAAAGUACAUGUACAUGUAUCCAAAUUAUCAUCAUUAGAAAAUAAUAUAAAAAAUGAACUCAAAGGUAUAAUAGGAAAUUCGUCCAACUUUUUAGAAAAUACAUUUAAAUAUAUAAAUGAAAAUCCUUUAAAAAAAAACUUACAAAAUAAAGCAUUCUUCUCAACAUCGGGAGAGAAGAAAAUUCAAGAUGAUAUCUCUAAACAAGUUGAUCUAAAUAAAGAAGAAGUUUCAAAUUGUGAUUCUGUUGUUGAUGUUACAGGAAUGGCCAAAAACUUUCUAUACAAUAAUAUGAACAUAUUACAGAAUUUUAAAUAUGAUGUGAAGGAUAAUGUGGUAUUAAAAAGUGAUGUAUUUAAUGAAAAUGGACAAGAAUAUGAUGGUGUAAAAUUAAAUGAUCCAUAUGUAACUGUAGAUAAUGAAAAGGAAAAUAACAUGUAUGAUGAAAAGGAAAAUAAAAUAUAUGAUGAAAAGGAAAAUAAAAUAUAUGAUGAAGAACAAAGUUUAUAUGAUAAUAAUGAUCCAUAUAUUUCUAUUAAUGAGGAGAAAGAAUAUAUUCAUUCUGAUAAUGUAUCAUAUGAAGAUAAUAUAAAAAAUGUGAAUAUUGUAUCAAAUGAGCAAAGCAAGAAUAUAAAUAUUUCUCAAAACGAUAAAGUAAGUGAAAAUAAAAAUAUAUAUUUUAAUCUUUUCUUUGGAAAAAAAAGCAAAAAUAAUAAUAAUAAUAGUAACAAUAAUAAUAGUAAUAAUAAUAAUAGUAAUUAUAAUAGUAACAAUUUGAAUGGUAAAAAUGAAUUAUUGACUUCGCAAAAUAGUACAAAUAGUUUAGUAAAAACCGAUUGUGAUAUUAAAAAUUUAUUCAAUAAAAAUAUGAAGAACGAAAAUAAAAAAGCAAAAGAAGAAAGCACUAAUUUCUUUAUGAAAAAUUUUUUUCCUACGAAUGAAAAUGAUACAUCAAAUAAUAAUAAACAAAAUAAUAAAAAUAAUACUGAAUCAGUUUUUCCAACUACUUAUCAAACUCCAUAUCAUUUUGAUAAACAACAUGAACAUAUGUAUGAUGAAUUAAAAGGUGAUAAAAAUGAGAAAAUAUUGAAAAAUGAAAAUUAUUGUGAUAAUAAUAUGAACACAUAUAAUGAUCUUACAUAUAAUAGUGAAUUAUACAUAUCUGAAGAAGAUACCAAUAAAUAUGAUGCAAAUAUAGAAGCACAAAAUGUUAUGGAUAAUUCAAAUAAUGAAGAGCAAAUUAAAAAAAAUAUAACACAUAAAAAUAGUGAACAAUAUCCACAACCUAAUUUAUCUGAUGAAGAUCCACCUAUUAGUGAUGUUUGGAAUGACAAAAUUGAUUUAGAUAAUUUUGAGUUAGAAAAUGUUUAA